CAUUUGUAGAAUGUAGUGUCACGGCUCACGAAUGAACCGCAGCCACGGUCCACUUUACGGGGCACGGGGGCAAGGCAACGCUCAGCGCUCGGUAACGACUUACGACGACAGUUGAGAGUAGUUCUCUCUUGAUCGAUUUGUGGCUGUAGCAUUCUGCAUUUCGCAAAGAUAGGAAGGGAGAAAGUAUUCUUUCUCGUUGGUACUUGUAUGUGUGUAUAUACAUAUAUAUAUAUAUUUCGCUUUUACGCAAGUGAACUUUAAUUUCUCAAAUUUCUCUGUCGAUUGUUCUUGUCUUCUUCGAUAAAAACCGUUCUCAUCAACGUAGACCAACGUGGACAUACGAUUUUCGAAGCUCCCGAGGGUCAUCAUCUGUCGUGCGGUCACACGCAGGUCGCAGCGCGCGACGAUGCCGAUUUUGCUGAGGAAUUUUCCAAGGAAGCGUAUCGUUCGUGCGCUCAAGUCCACUUACGAAUUCCGAAGUCCGUGCGAAGAGUUCCAAGACCAGAAGGUGCAUCGAACGCGCACUGGGCGCGCGUAAGCAUUCCGCGAUCUUGAAUCUCCGCUGCGUGAGAGAGAGAGAGAGAGAGAGAGAGACAUGGUUACACGUGUCGAGGAUGCGGUGCCGUUUCGUUACGAUGCUAUGACGUACCUUUCGUUCUCGCGUAUCCGAAGAGCACCCGCAGUGCCGCGGUCAUAAUUGUAGCAGGGUGUACAAUGUCAGCGCAGCUAAGCAUGCAAGACAAGAAGGAUUUGGAGAAGUUUACCAAGUAUCUCGCGCUGAGAGCUGUUCACAUCAUAGUGCAGUCGAGGUCGGGCCAGAAAGUCACCACGACGUGUAAGCCGGACUCGUCAGCCGGCGACUGGGUAAAAUUUAAUCUGGCAAUAAAAGAACUACCAGAAGUCUCAGCUGACGUUAAGAGGGUAUUAUGCACAGAGAUAGUAAGUUCAGCUGUACCUCUAUGCAUAGAAAUUUCUCUGAAAACAGUGGAGGGUGACAAGAUGGUUUUGGAAACUUGGAGCUUUGGCGUUUUGCCAGAGCAAAGUGAUCCAGCUAUACGAGUGACAUAUACUGUGUAUAGCAGAAUGGGAAUUUUAUUAAAGUCCUUGAUUUCUGUAUCAAGAGUUACGCCUGCUUACAAAUUGAGCAGACGGCAAGGACCUGAUUCUUAUACUAUGUGCUAUCGGAUAUACAUGGGAGAGCCUCAGCUACAUAAUUUAGGUGAUAACUAUAAACAUGUAAGAGUAGGUCAAUUGUGUACUCCAGUGGGCACUAUACAUCUGUCAGUCUCUUACAGAACAAAAAUGACUAUCUCACCCACUCAUAAGGGACGAGAUUCUAUCAUGCUUAAGAGCGAUCAUUUUCAUUCAGACUUGAGUCCACGUCAUGCACGAUAUCAGCAAAGCGAGGAAACAUCAAAGUCACUUAGCGACACCAUUAAAGUUGGUGCAUUUGUAAUAAACAAACCUGUCAUUGUCAACGAGGAGGAUCUUGUGAUACCGGAUGUACCGUUCAGUUCACUAUUAACACCCAAACAAACGUCACCUCCUCCGAUAUCGUUAGUGGAACCUAAUGCAAAGACUGCAAUGGCAGCUAUUACAACUGAUAGCAACAAUGGAAAUAACGAAAGACUUAAUAACGAUAAUACAACUUCGAAAUGCGACUCCCAAAACGGUUCUAGAAGAAGUAGUUGUUCAAUGACUAGUGCCAACGAUGAUUUUAUUAUGAAAACUCCUUUUGCCGUCACGAAUACCAAUAGCGACGUAGGAGCGUUUUACCGAGAAUGUCAAAGCGCUCCACAAUUGCAAGCUUUCAUGGAAGAAAGGACGCUUGCGGAACAAUUAGGAGAUCUCACUAAACAAUUGGAAACAUUUGAGACAAAUAUGCAACAUUACGAAGACAUUUUGUCAUCUUUGUGUCAAACGGAAAAUAAUAAUUAAAGUUAAGGUUUGCUAAUGACUGAUUCAAACAAAGACAUGAUUGUAUACAGCUUUUGUAUACAAAUCAAUCGUAUUUAAGUGGGUGUACAUUAAGUGAAUGAAUAACGAAUGAGAAUAUUUCACAUUGUAUGCUUGUUUCUUUUGCAAUGAAUAUUUAUAUUUAGAUAAAUUUGAUAUUUUCUGUAUGCGACGCAGUUAAGAUGUCCGACGAUUGCUGUGAACGCGCGUUUUUUGUUAAAAUCACUAAUUUGUUUAAAAGAGACAAAAAUGAUAGUGAAAAUUGUUGAUAAUAUAAGAAUAAUUUCGUUUUUCAUCUAUAGAUUUGAAGGACAUUCAGUGAAUACGUGAAUAUGUCCAUAUACUUCAACACCACAUUCUUUAAUGUAACUAAAUAAUCAGUUUAAGAUGGAUUUAUGCGAAAUUUAAGAAUUAAAUAAAGGAUAAACAAUCAAGAAUUUGGACGUUUACAAUAAGAAUGAAAUGAGAAUACAGCGUUUUUUUUCUUUUCAUUUACUGACAAGACAUGGAAUAUAUUCGUCGACGAAGCAAAUUUGUUCAUU